GGGUGGCGCCGUUGCUUGUGGCGGUCACAUUUAAAACCGCCGAAGAAGAGGUUCAGCUGUUUAAUUGGAGCAACUGACAGCAACAAGAUGACAGUCCGCUGUUUUAAUUUACUUAUAUAUUGUUUGAAAACACAGGAAAACAUUAAAUAAAAGGUAAUGUGGAGGUUAGGUAGAGUCGGCCAUAAAGCUGGCCGAGCAGGGUACAGCUUGGAGGAGUUCCGGUUAAAGAGGCGGGAGCACGAAAAAGCUCUUCGUCAGGCCCGCAGAGACAAGCAACUGGUGAGCAAAAGACUUCUUCUAAAUGAAGAUGAAGUUCAGCAAGAAGCCACCAUGGAAUUCUACUCAGAUGAGAAGGAUGUUGUCAGCUUGUUCCAUAAACUUCAACACAACAAUCCAGAGAGGGAAACCCACCUCAAAACCUUGACUCAAUUUCUUCGUGACCCUUCGGCUCAACUCCACUUUAUCAAGCAAGAAAACAGUAUCCACCUCCUGGUUGGCCUCCUCACCGGCUCCAACACUCGGUUCCGCUUCCAGUCUCUCCGCUGUCUCCAUGAGCUGUCUCACUCUCCUCAACCUAAUAUGGCUUCAGCUUGUCUCCCCGCCACCCCUUAUCUCCUCACAUAUCUAUCUGGACAAAGCACCAGGUUUACUGAGCUUUGUCUCUACACGCUUGGUAACUUGUGCCCGGACAGUGACGUUGUGAGAGAGAAACUUCUGGCUCAGGGAAUCAUACCGGCGCUUGCAAGCUGUAUAGAGAACCAGAAGCAUAAUAUGGCGGUGGUGGAAGCUGUGGGCUUCACUCUUUCUCAGCUUCUCCAAACCAAAGAAGCAUCAAGCAAAAUAAUCCCGUCCGUUCUGGCCUCCUGUUUACCUACACGCCUUUUAGCAGCCCUGAUACCCGACCAGAAUUUUUCACUGGGCGCUGCCAUCGAGUGUGCAUGGUGUUUGCAUUACCUUACGUGCAGUUCUGAGAAUCAUGGAGCACUGUUGUCUUGUGAAGCACUGUUGCCAUGCAGUACCUUGAUAGUGUCACUGGGUGGUGCUGCUACGCAAGGAAACAAAGAGGAUGGCCUAGAACUGCUUGUCUGCCCUCUGCUGAGGUGCACGGCCAACCUGCUGUCUUCCCGCACGCCCGAUGAGACGAGGUUUCGUCUGAGUGAUGUGGAUCUCGCGGCCGCUCUGUGCACGCUGCUUCAGACGUACGCGCACACUCGACCCGCGUUGGCCAGAGAUAGCGCCUGGGUCCUCAACAACCUCACAGCUCAGUCCAGUCUGUUCUGUUCGGCCCUGCUGACUCUCAACUUGGUCCCCGGGCUUCUCCAGCUUCUACCGUUCUCUCAGGGCAUCAACGCAAUGAUUCUAAGAGUUCUGGCAAAUGUGGCCCACAAGAAAAAGGACUUCUGCAUCCAGCUGGCCCGGGUUGGGCUGCUUUCUUCCCUCUUAGCCACACUCAAAAUGGCCGAUCACGAGGUGCUGAUUCUUAGUAUGGACAUCCUUUAUAUGCUGCUUGCUAGUCAUCCUCAAGUGGUGGAGGACUUUGGAAGACAAGGCGGCCUUUCGCUUUUAGAAACUUUUCAAUACUACAGCGAAGCAGACGUGAGGCGAAGGGCAGCGUACCUCCUGGAGCGCCACUUGAAGGAUACGGGCAGUGGCGUCAUGUCGUUAUGACAAUAGAAGACCACGUUUUUAGCAUGUUUUUUCACACAAACAUGGACAUGUAUUUUCAAAUUAUCGCCAAAGUAAAGCAACAUACAGUCGUCCCUCGUCAUGUCGCGGUUUUAAUCUUGCUCCAUCACUUUAAUCACGUUUUUUAAAAAAUCAUGAAAAACUAUGGCUGUUUUGUGGUGGACUAUGGCCUUUUAUUAAGCAUAAAAUAUUGAAAUACAAGUCGUAUGUAGUAUUCUUGUCACUAGGCAUCAGUAGGGUUAUGAGGCCGAGCCCACAAAGCUACUCCUCUCAUUGCGUGUGGAAGUGGUACACUUUUGGGCUUCUUUUUCCCUACUCCGUUUGAAACUCCAGCUUAGAAUAAGCAUACUUGGAGAGGCUAACUAGUUAGCUUAGUAGCAUGCUAUGAUAGCAGCGGCCGUUUCUUAUGUCCCUGCAGUGAUCCUGUAGCCGGCGCAUUAGCAAUGUAAUGUAAACAAAGAACAACAGGAGCGUAUAAGUGAUGUUAUUUAUUUAUAUACGGCUCCACUAAUUUUGAAAACAUGUAUUUGGAAAAUUAUGAGAUAAACGAGGGAUGACUGUAUUGCAAUCAGCAGUAAAUAUAUAUAUAUAUAUCUGUUUUAUGCUAAUUUUUUAACAUGUACUGUACGCUUUAUAGGUCAACUUGGUAAGUAAUUAUGCACAUUGCAUUUGCUACCUGUAGCUUACCCAACAGAACAUAUAAGAGGAUCUUUUUUAAUAUUUUGAAGUACACGGAAAAUGUACUUUUGUUUGUUUUGGGGGAUUUUUUAAAUGUCUUUUUACCACCAGUUAAAUAAAUUAUGGAAGAAACUAAUGUUAUUUUUUUCAGAUUUAAUGUAACUUUUACAUUUUAGAACUAAAUUAGAUGCAAAACAAAAUAAAACCCCAUA